CAGAAAUAACCUCAUUUGUAUCAUACUGAUAUCUUUCUCCACUUGCACGAUGUUUGAAGGAAUAUUUAAAACAAAAAUUGCCGAAAGACGUUGUUGCAAAACAUGAAACCAUUUAUUAAAAAGUUUUGUUAAAAAUCUGAAAUGGUAUAAAUUAAUGCGGAUGGUCAGAGUAUUCUGACUUGAUCUAUAUAUAUUUGAACAUGUCCGGUUCAGACGUAAAAGCGACGGAGUCUUUGGCGCAUAAAUUCAAAAUUCUAAACAUUAAGGGACUAGGGCAUUAUCGGUGUUACACAAAGGUAUUGCAUCAAUACCUGAGUGGAAAGCCUGUAAAUAUUCAACCAGCUGAGCUCGCAUACAGAUCUGUUAAUCACAGGAUCUUCACUCGUCAGUCAAGCCAGCGUACAACUAAAUGCUUCUCCGCCUUUCAUAAAUUGUCCGAAAAUGAGCAUUUCAAUAAACAUUCUUUGUGUCGAACUCAAAAUGUGAAAAAGAGCAAGGAAGUCUCUGCUCAGAAUAUAUUGGAAUACAGUUACAGCGGUGCAAAUCGAAGCUGCCGCGAGUGUGGGCUCCAGGUAUUUGAGCUGGACUUUGCAUUCAUCUGCAGUGACUGUGGACAUUUAAUUCAUAAAGGAUGCACGGACGUAUGUAGACGCAGCAAAGAGAAAGGAAUAUACCCAUUUUGCCAUAUCAACGACUUGUCCGAUCUAAUCAACGGUUUUCAACCGCGCAAAGUGAGAUAUAAAGGGCCUACCAAGGCGCAUGCAGAGAAAUGUUUGCCAAUGAUCAGACCCUUGCAUGCCUUUGUCACGGUUGUGGUAAAUUCUGGUUCUGAAAAAGUAUUCGUAGACAAGAAAAGACGCCAACAGAUGUCGUCUGGAAAAGACUUACCACAGCCAAGUAAAAGAAGAAAGGUUACACGUGUUAAAGCAACUACAAAAGGAAAUACACAAAUACGGCGAAGUACGAGACGAAACAAGAUAUGCAACACACUAAACGAUGCAUCUCAUAAACGACUAAUAACUAAAAGAUGCAAAACAGACAGAUCGGGAAAUUACAGCAAAGAAGAAACUAAACCAUCUAACCGCACGGCAAUAAAAGAAGGCAUCUCUUUAUUUGUGUCAAAGACAUUGAAUUUCUUAGGCUAUAAUUAUGAAAUGAUCAAGUACAGACAAAGAAUGUAUCAUGUAAAUGAUGAACUUACUGCACAGUUUGGCCACCAAACAGACGCUCGUGUUACCACAGGUGGAAAAGGAGAAGGCACGACAAUGUAUUUUGAAAGUGAUAUUGAUUACCUUUUUGUAUUACAGCAGUUAAUUUGUACGGACCAUCCAGAGCUUUUUGCUUCCAUAAAGAACAUAACUGUGCUCGAAACAAAGAGAAAUAUGACAUCUCCAGGUUAUACAAGAUUAGAAUUAGUAAGAUUUUCAGGUCGAUAUCGUAGGUAUGAGAUCAGCGCAUCUUUGAUUGAAUCCCAAUCAGGCUCUUCGUACCUAUCAAGUGACAGAUUUAUUGAAUCACUGCAUAUAUCUCAAGACAAAAUAUGUAAUCGUAGCGGGCUUGACAUGGGAGAUAGAAGUGGUCCAUCAACACCAGUCUUUGAUAAAUACACAAGCUAUGACGAUGUUAUAGGGCUGCCAUGUUACUGUCCAGAUCUUCUUGGGAAAUGGCUUGCACGUCCACGAUAUCACAAUUGGCCCCCGCAGGAAGUGCUGUAUAGCAUAUCUUUGCUUGACGCACAUGCUGUUCCAACAGGAUUCAAGGGUUCCCCUGAUCAGUACCUAGAGUGGAGAAUAUGUUUCUCCCUCGCUGAGUUGCACCUGAUGCAAUCUUUAAAUGAAUGUCAGAUACAGACAUAUAUAUUGCUUAAGAAGAUAGCCAAAACAUGCUUACAGCCAAUAAGUAAAGACAUCACUUCAUAUGUUGUAAAAAAUACCAUUUUAUGGAUCUGUGAGAAGACACCAAUUUCGUUUUUCCAAACAAAACACAUUCUGGAUAGAUUUCUUGAUUCCAUCGAAUUUUUGAGGCAAUGUAUUAGGAAAAAUUACUUACCUAGCUAUAUGAUCUCAGAGAGAAAUUUGUUUCCUGGUAGAUUGGGCCGUGCUCAAAAACAUCAAUUGGAACGUAUUCUUUUUGAUUUAAGAAGAGAAGAGGGAGAACUGUUUCUCAGAAUAGGAAUGUUGCGAGAAGCCAUGCUAAUAAUGUACAAAAUACCAAAUAGAUUUAGAGAGUAUGGGGAAAAAAGGGAUAUUUUGGAAAGGAUUGUUUUGAUGCGGAACUGGAUACGCGAGUCGGUUUGGAAACCAGAAAUGACAAAAACAGAAAAAUAUCAGUUGGCAGCUAAAAAUAGAGCAUAUAACAUAUUAGAAAAAGAAAUCGAUGACAUACUUCAUGUUGAUAUGGAAAAGCUACUAUUAAAAGGUUGGUUGGUACCAGAAAUAUUUAAUUUGUGGCUGGAGAUGAUGCACCAGCUUUUGUCAUAAACUUCGGGGAAGUCAGAUGUAUGUCUCAGGAUAUUCUACACUACAAAAAUAUACUUUUCCAAUAUGUAUGUGUCUUAUGAGGAGAGGUUAUAAGAUAUAUGUCUUAUUAACUGUAUAAAAAUUAAAGAAUACAAAUAAUUGAAUAUCUUCUUUAUUGAUGCUUUUACAUAUCCUUUCUAUCACCAGCUUCUUUCAUAAAUGUUUGGUAUAUUUGUAUAUCGGGCAAGUCAGAUAUGCCUCAGGAUAUGUCUAAACUACAAAAAUAUCCAAUUUUAGCCUUUAUGUUUCUUAGGAGGAGGAAGUGAUAAGA